AGACAGGGGGGCGAGACAUUCAAGCUCCUCUCUGUGAUUUGGACCACAUUGCUCACCCUUUAGUCCUCACGGGCUUCUGAGGUUGCAGGGAGAUUCACUGUGUAGGAGCGCAUGCUGGGCUUUAUCCAACAGACAGAAGUGGGGCAUGGGACUGGGGGGGAAGGGAGCUUUUACCCCUACCCAGGUCUCUCUCUCUCCACUUGUUCCUAUGUCCCCACCCUCCAGAUACUGCUCUGGCUCUCAGGAUGAGGCUUUCUGACCCAGGCUGCAAGAUCACACCCAUAUCUCAGGCAGCUUGGAGAAGGCCACAUGGGCCGGACUCUUUGCCAGGUCCAGUCCGUGUUGCUGUCACAAGCAAACUCUCCAGCUGCUGGCGAGGACUCUGUCCCUGGCUUCAGAUGCCUCUUGCCCCCACACUCUCAGGCCGGGAACUGGCUGCCUUCUCCGAGCUGAGUCACGGCAUCCUGGCUGAGGCCCCUCCCCAGCGUCCCUAUCCCACCCCAGCAUUCCAGGUCCACACAGCUGCCUUCCAGAGCAGGGUCCAAGAGCCCAACUCAUGCCAGACCUGAAACUUCUCCCACCCCCUGUACAGAUGGGGAAACUGAGGCCCAGAGAGGGGCAGGACUGUAACACAAGUGGAUGACAGAGCUGGGACCAGAACCCAGGUUCCCUUAUUUCCACCCUGAAGUUUGUCCCAGGGGCUGUGAAGCGCCCCUGCUGUGGAGGAGAAAGAGGACAAGCAAUGGAUCAGGACACUGGUUUCCCUGCCCAACUUCUGCCAGGACUUAGCAAGUCACCUACUCUGAAUCUCUGUCACCAAUGUCUGCCUGGCUGGGAAGAUGCAGGAACAGUGAGAGGAGUGUGCUGUGAGGAGAGAGGCCAGAGUUGUAGUCUGAACUCUGGGCUUUGAGCCGGGGCUGACAGCAGGAACUCCCACUCAGGUGAACUUUAGCACCUCACCAGCCACCUGAACCCAUCCAAACAGUAGGACCUCCUCUUAUUAUCCUUCUCCAAGCCUCAGUUUCCCCAACUGUACAAUGGGGCACAGGAAGUGGGUUGGAUCAGAUAUGAUCCAAGGUCAUCAGACAUGGAGCGCUAACAUUCUAAGACUCUGACCUUGUGACCAGACCUCCUUCUCCCUGGGCAUCUUGUUUAUCCAGAAAUCCCUGGUCUGAGGCUGCUUGCCUCAUCUCCCAUCCCCAAACCACAGCAGGGCUUCCUCUUUCCCCAUCUUUCUGCUGUUUCUGCUCAGCCUAUUCUCUGCCUCCGAGUUGAGGGCCCCAUUGUCCACUUUGUGCCAAGAGGAACGUUUGCAUUCUAAACCAGCUCGAUGGCAACUCUCUGGCCCCAUUUAUUUUUGUCAGUGAUGGGGAUAUAAUCCAGGGUCUCUCCUAUGCUAGGCAUGCACUCUACCACUGAGCUACAUCCCAGCCCCUUAGUGCAACUCUUAAUCCUGUUCUUUGGCGUCAUCCUUGUCUCCCCAGCACACACACACUCCUGUCCCCCAGUAUUCCAAGCCAGAAGCAGAGAUACAGGCUCACCCAGGAAACCUACCAGUCCAGCCCUCCAGCAUUCAAUCAAUAAGCUCUGUUGAUUAGCUAAAUUCAUCUCAAAUCCAUCUGUUUCUGUCAGUCCCCACCCACUGCCCUCCACCCAGCCCCAACCAGAUAAGCACUGUGAUCAGAGAAGCAAUGCCGGGGGGCAGGGGGGGGCACAGGGUCACACUACCUCACUUCAGUCUCUGCUGUAUCCCUGUCUGGCUCUGGGGUUGGACACACACAGCCAGCACACAUGUAUGUAUUUGAGGAGUGUGUGAACCAGCGCGUAGGCAGGCAUCUGCGCCGUGUGCAUGUGCUCACUGUAUGCAGACCUCCCCCACUGGCAGUGAUACAGGCCCCCCCUCCCUGCCUGUUUGUGUCGUGGGAGCCUCAGGACCCCGAGGGAGGGAAGCUGCUGCUGGCGGAUGUGGCCAAGAUGGACUGGAUUUAUUUAGAUUAAGGCAGUGGGAAAGGGGCAGAGAAUUGUAUAUGCUUGUAAGAGGGGAGACUGGGGUUCUGACAAUGACUCCCCAAGCAUGCCAGAGUGAGGCUUGGGGGACUCACUCUGCUCCCCUAAGAAGUCCUCACUAUGAGGAGCUGGGUGCUGACCUCUUUGGACCUGGACUGUAUAGUAGGAAUCCUGAAGGCUUUCUGGCACACAGCACUCUCUUCCUGGACAAAGUGGGUAGCUUGGGGAUCUCCUUCCUGAGCAGGACAUUGUGUCAGGUAGAGGGUGCCUUCUCCUAACUGUGAUACCCGUGCUGACAUAGGUGCUUCUUCCCUGGAACAUAGACCUUCCCAUGAAGAAAGGAAGUUGUCAGAGGCAAGCCACCACCCCAGGUCAGCUGCCUGGGCUCCCCUGGGUUUGUUGGGACACAGCAGCCUUUGGGAAGCACAAAAUGGUUCAUAAGACAUUGAGAAGCAACUGGGGAUGUCUGGAAUCAUGCAAAUGGUCUAGAAGGUCAUGUCUGGGUGCCCCAAACCCCACUCUGGUGCAUCCUAGCUCUCUAGCUUGCUGUCCAUGCCACCUUUCCCCAUGCUACCUCCUAGAGUUCCACAUCCCAAGUUCAUUUGGCUAGAAGUCACCUGAAAGACUAUUAUCCAAUUCCUAUAGAGGGGGAAAGUGAGAUUCAGAGAGCAAAACAACUUGUUGAAAUGAACACAGCAGGCCAGUGACAAAUGGCCAGAGUCUUUCCAGGCAUAGAAUGAGAUGUUACAGAUCAGGUUACUCUGGUCUCAGAAAAGUCAUCCCUUCCUUACCAACCCUGCUUCCUCAAACCACCCAUUGAGAAACUUCUUAGAGACUCAAACCUUCUCUUUGGCUAAUAAAAAGGCAAAUCUUCUGAAUUUGGAUAGAUAGCUCUUUGAGAUGACCCAACCAAACCUUUCUGUGUAUGGAUGGGCUGGAAAUCCGCUUGUUCUUACAAUGGAUUCAAUCAGGGACCUUGUAGGGAAGCUGAAAUGCUUGUUUCAGAAAGUCAAAUCAGUCCAAAACCCCUAGGGUGUCUAUCCCCUUCCCAAAACAUCUGCACUCUCCUGAGCUCAUUUGCCCAAAGUGUCUUCUCCCACACCUGAAUUAGCCCUUUUCUAUGUGACUAGGUCAUGGUUUUAUGCCCAUUCAAAAAGGAUCCCUCCUAGCUCAGAGACUCUGAGACACUCUCAGCCCCAGUCCCAGCUGGAGAUGGCUUGAAUGGGGGAGGAUGGACUGCCACAAAGAAGCAGGGUCAGGGGCUGCAUGCCAUGAGGUCCCAGCCCACACUGGCCAACCCAGCCUUCCAGAGCCCUGCCAGCCCCCUUCCAAUGACCUCCCAUCUCCUGGCCAGGCAGCGAAAUUCCUCCUUUAGAAUAAUAAACAGUGUGGCCAGCCAGGGAGGCUGGGAGGGGAGGGAGGGAGGCUGAGAUGACCCCCUCCCCCAGCCUGAGCCACUAAUGAUUUUCUUUGGCCCAGAUCUCUGGCAGGAAGUGGGAAGCCAGAGGGGCACCCACCUAGGGGCAGAUGGGCCUAUGUGGGGGCUGCUGGCUCCACUUGGGCACUGCUCCAUCUUGCCCAAGAAGACCUGGUGUCCAGCUGGAGGAGCUGGCUCAGGAAGGAUAGGGAUGGGAGAUGCUGUGGAGGGGGUAUCAGGAGAGCUCGGCUUUGACCUUCUGGAUCAAUUCAGACAAGGGAGAGGAAAACAAAAGGGGACUCUCAGGUGGGUCAGUCCAAAGGGAGGGAGGAGGAAAAGAGUAGAUUUUUCCCACAAUGAUUAUUAGAAUGUUGGGCAGAGCUGAGACUUGGGUCCACAGGACCAGAGCCUUGCCUCUGUCCCCACCCUUGAUGUGUGACUGCAGCCCUAACAGGCAGUACACUCUGCCUCAUCCCACUGUGACAGCAGGAGGCUCAGCCCACAAAGAUAGCAAUGGCAUACCAGGCAGCCUGCGGGGCUCAGGCAUGGAUCUCCAGCCCUGGAAACUAGAAGGAGUGAGAUGGGCAAAUGGGGACACUCUAGGCAGGAGCUGGCAUGGUCAGACUGGACAGCCACUCAGGAAGUAAGUCUGUGUGCCCAUAGCAUCAGGAGUCUCCUUGUCGCUUUGUCACAUGGUCCCUUCCCACAUUUCUUACUCUGUGACCCCCCAUCUACCUGUGGCGUUCUUCCUAUGGAAGCUGUGGGCAGUCCCUUGGCAUACCUGGCUAUUGGUAGAGAUGCUAACAGAAAGGAUAGAGUAAAGACCCCACCCAAUUCAAUCUGUCUAUCUGUCUCUGUGACCCUGUUUCUGUCUCUGUGCCUCUAGCACUGUGUUUCAUGCAUCUACUCUCACUCUGUCUCUCAUCUUUUUCUCUCUUCCACCAUUCAGCUCUUUUUGGUUCCCUCUUACGUAGUCUCUGCUGUGGAGCCUUGGGCAAAAUUCCUUUCUUCUCAGAGCCUCAGUUUCCCCAUUUGGACACUUGAGGUAGAGGUGGGAGCUUGGCUUCAGUGGUUUUGAAGGACCUUCAAAGCCUACUAAGUUCAAUGGGACCCGGACCCUGGUCCCUUCCCCCGGGCCUCUCUGCACUGCUGUGAGUGAGUAGGGGGGCCAGGCCCACCCCCCACAUUCCACAGUCCCGACUCCCCCGCUUCCCUUCCCACAGCCGCCCCAUUUCCUGUUGUGCUUGCAGAGGGAGCUGUGGGAGUUCUCUGGGUUCUGGCUUACACCACCCCCCUUCUCCUCCAGGGCUUUCAUCACACUUUCCUAAAUAUUUGUCCUGGCAGAUAAGCGCCUGGUAUUGGAACUGUCACUGAAGGACAGGCUGUCAGAGCUGGCAGGCUCCUGGACACUGUCCAGCCCAACUUCCCUGUCCCUGCUGUACAUACAGGGAAACUAAGGCUCAGAGAAGCAAAGGACUCAGUCAAGACCACAUGAGGGUUAGAAAUAGAGAGGAGAGGGUCUGUGGCCAUAGGUGCCUCUCAGCCUUGGGACAGGAGGCUAGGUAGUACAGGCUGGGAGCCUUGGCACUGCCUCUGACUACCUUGGGCCCUGACUCCUGUUUAAUUAUGCAGGAUACCAUGCAGCUUCCAGGUGUGAUGCCAGGUCUGCUCCUCAAAGGCCAAUUGCUGUUGCUGCCCUUGCUGUUGCUGCUGAAACCACAGACCUCCCAGGGCCUGGUCAUCGUGCCCCCGGGGCCAGAGCUUGUCCUCAAUGUCUCCAGCACCUUUGUUCUGACCUGCUUGGGUUCUGCUCCUGUGGUGUGGGAACGGAUGUCCCAGGUGCCUCAGCAGCAAUUCACCAGGACCCAGAAUGGCACCUUCUCUAGCAUGCUGACACUGACCAAUCUCACGGGGUUGGACACUGGAGAAUACUUUUGUACCUACAAUAGCACCCUUGGGCUGGAGUCCAGUGAGCGGGAGCGGCUCUACAUCUUUGUGCCAGAUCCCACCAUGGGCUUCCUCCCUUUGGAACCUGAGGAUCUAUUCAUCUUUCUUAUGGAAGCAAAUGAGACUACAAUUCCAUGCCGAGUGACAGACCCCCAGCUGGUGGUAACAUUGCAUGAGAAGAAAGUGGACAUCCCACUGCCUGUCCCCUAUGACCACCAACGAGGCUUCUCUGGUAUUUUUGAGGACAAGACCUACAUCUGCAAAAUCACCACUGGGGACAGGGAAGUGGAUUCUGAAGCCUUCUAUGUCUACAGCCUCCAGGUGUCAUCCAUCAAUGUCUCAAUGGGCGCGGUGCAGACUGUGGUCCGCCAGGGCGAGAACAUCACCAUCCUGUGCAUUGUGACAGGGAAUGAGGUGGUCAAUUUUGAGUGGACGUAUCCCCGCAUGGAGAGUGGGCGACUGGUAGAACCAGUGACAGACUUCCUCUUUGAUGUACCCUCCCACAUUCGCUCCAUCCUGCACAUCCCUGAUGCUGAACUAGGUGACUCAGGGAUCUACAUCUGCAAUGUGUCAGAGAGUGUGAAUGGCCAUCAAGAUGAAAAGGCUGUCAAUAUCACUGUGCUUGGUGAGUGCCUUGGACUCAGAGCCCAACCUCAACCUGAGCUGGACCCCGACUUUGGCAUAGCCUUAGUUAACCUCCAUUCAGUCCAUUCCCACACUGCCCUAGCCAAAGCUCCAAUUCCAGAAUAAAAGUGCAGUGUUAUCUCAGAUUCAAUCCCAAUCCCAACCUAGAUUUUCCACCUGGCCAGAACCCUUAGUCCCAACCCGAUUUCUAAUCUAAUCUGCCCAGGCAGCCCCAUUUUCAAA